GAGAUGAUGGCCUUCGAACAAAACUUCCAAGAAUCAUUGCUGCAGUUUGAAUCUGUAGAAGAUCUUUCUCUUAAGAAAUCAGAUUCUGCUCAAACAACAGCAUCUGACAACAUGAAUGGAUGUUUUGAUUGCAACAUUUGUUUAGACUCAGCACAUGACCCUGUGGUCACCCUCUGUGGUCACCUUUACUGCUGGCCUUGCAUGUACAAAUGGCUACAUGUCCAAAGCUCCUCCCCUGAAUCUGAAGAGCAGCCAAAUUGCCCUGUCUGUAAAGCUAACAUCUCCCCCUCCUCAUUGGUCCCCCUGUAUGGGCGGGGUACAUCCUCAUCUGAAUCUGAAGCCAAAAGGCCCCAACUGGAUCUGGUCAUCCCCCGUAGACCGCCAGCUGUUGGGGUGAACACAUCGCUAACUGCUGCAACAUCAAUGGCUCCCCAUCCAAUUCAACAACUUCCCAAUCCUUUUCGGCCACAGCCGCAGGCAUUUUAUCAGCAGCAAUACUUCCCUCACCCUUUUGGCAAUUAUGCUCCUAUGUCAUCAUCUAACUUUGGGAGCACUGCGAUGACUAGUUUAUUCAGUCCAACCGUUGGGAUGGUUGGAGAGAUGGUCUUUGCAAGGAUGUUUGGGAGCUCAGACACCAGUUUAUUUGCUCAUCCUCACUUGAAUUCUUACCCUCUCAUCAGAAGUGGCAGCCCUAGGCUGAGAAGGCAGGAAAUGCAGGUGGACAAGUCUCUUAACAGACUAUCCAUCUUUUUUCUCUGUUGCUUUGUUUUGUGCCUUCUCUUGUUUUGAGAGUUUCGUACCUCCUCGAAUAAUUGUGCACAUCUACAAUGCUGAAUUUAUUCAGCAAGAGAGAGAUCAUAGAUCAGAUAAAUGCACAGCUUUUUAGAGGGUUUGCAGAGAAACUCUCUUUGAGAUAAUUUUUUUCUCCUGUACAUUCACCUUGAACAAAUGUGGCAUUGGUCCUCUUUCAUUUGCUGUUUUGGUGAGCGAACCAUUACCCGGUAAUAUAUGGCCUGUGAAGUCAAGCUCAAUGUACUAGAACGAGGCUGUUCUUAUAGCCAUGAUUUAAAGGUAAUUCAUUUAGUUUGGUGGUAUUUUAUAUUGGAUUAUAUUUUCUAUUUGUUUAUGCACUUUCUGCACUGC